AUGAAUGGUGCGCGCUCAUCCCUGGUCACCUUCUUAAUUUCCCAUCAUUUUACUACCGCCGUUUGGCCCUGGAUUUUCCAUCCCCGACCCAAUGCUGUCCGUACUAACCUUAACUUGCGGCCUGUGUGUGUGGCGUUGUUGAUCGAGCAGGUGAUUUUUGACUUCCGCUUCUUGGCUCUUCUCGCUGUUGGUGGCUCAGGGGGCUCCCUCUUGUGCUUUCUGAACGGUUGUAUUUACAUAGUCGACGCGUACAAGGUGUACUGGACAAGCUGUACGAGAGGAGUUCACACUGGCCAAAUGGUCCUGCGAUUAGUCGAGGCUAUCGACGUGUACCUCGCCGGCACUGUUAUGUUGAUAUUUGGUAUGGGUUUGUACGGAUUGUUCAUCAGCAAUUCCCCUCCCGGAAUACCUGCUGAUUUAGACCGCGCGCUCAAGGGCUCUUCUCUGUUCGGAAUGUUUGCUCUUAAGGAGAGGCCAAAAUGGAUGAAAAUCAGUUCCCUCGAUGAGCUGAAGACGAAGGUUGGCCACGUUAUCGUGAUGAUUCUCCUGGUAAAGAUGUUCGAGAGAAGCAAAAUGGUGGUGAUAGCAACAGGCUUGGAUCUCCUUAGUUAUUCCGUGUGCAUCUUCCUGUCUUCUGCAUCCUUGUAUAUUCUCCACAACCUUCACAAGUCGGACUAGGAAAAGGGGGUGAUUUCACUCUCAGAGAAUCUCUAUUCAACACUUGUCAAUACAAAUGUCGUGCUAAGUUUCAAUAUAUAUAUAUAUAUGCAAGCCGUGUCAACUUCUGCAUCCCUUGUUCCGUGAUUAGGAGCAGCAGGAGAGAUCUCAUCUGCUGAAAAUAUUUUUCAGGGGGGCGGGGGAGAAAAAAGAGAUCUCGUGUGCUUAAGUUCUCGUAUCCAAAUAAAUGCUUGUUUUCUAAUAGAGUUGGAAGGGGUGCAGAGAGUAAAGAUUAUAAGGUACUGCAAAAAAAAACUCAAUGAUGUGCAUAGAGAUCAGGAACAGAGCAAGGAACUACUAACACGCUACCUACCAUCCGUUUGAUUUCAACCGCUCUGAUUUGAGGUAGAAGAAAUGGAAAUUCCAGCGAAGAAAAAGUUCACAGAGAGAGUGAGAAGAAACAUCUGGUGUAUACCAUUUGGAUAAGAACUCGAGUUUUAAGUAAGAGCUAGAUACAACUUAUUUCCUUUGUUGAUGUGCGCUAAUUCUCUGCUGGGUCAUGAACCACUACUACAUACAAAAUUUCAUGCCCCCUCUCAUGGCCAACUCUCCAAGAUAUCAACUGUAAUAACCCAUAAAAGCAAGGUAAAGAACAGUGAUUAAGCAACUGCUGAGUGAAAAGCGAGAGUAACCGGUA